AUGUCGUUGAAUCAGAAGCUAGAUGGUAAGGGAAAGGGCCAAAUAUGGACCAAGAAUGUCAACAAAACAUUGCCGGAAAAUUGGCCGGAGGAUGUGGAAUUUUUAACAGACCAGACGUACUCUCAGAUGGCCAUGGCAGAGCAGCUGAAUUCAAAACUGAGCCGUGGGAGCUCUGAUGAUGCCAGCUGGAUCAAGGUUCCUGCGAACCUGAUUAUCGCACCGUCUCCACUGGUCAGGAUACAAGAAAUCACAGAUGAGAAGCAUCCGGCGUUUGGGCAGAAGGGCCUCUUCGCUGCGGAGCACCUCCAGCCUGAUCAGUUCAUCAUCCUGUAUCUUGGCCACGUUCAUACCGGUAGUAUGGCUGACCAGGACCCAAACUCGGACUACGAUCUCAACCUCGAUCGUGAACUCGGCUUGUCUGUCGAUGCGGCAUCAAGUGGCAACGAGUCGCGACAUGCAAACGACUACAGAUCGAUUGCCGAGAGGCCCAAUGCCGAGUUUCGAGACAUUUUCAUCCAGGUGAAGUCAACGAAWAGAGUCGAUGGCCAACGUUGGGAGCGUCGGGUCGCAAUCUUCGUGUUGCCCGCCGGCAAGGCCCAGAAACGCAAAGCUGGCAUUAGGGCUGGCGAGGAGAUCCUAGUCUCGUAUGGAAAGGGCUUUUGGGAGGCGCGGCAGAUGUUGGCAAAGUUCAGGGGAAACAACGAGAUGUUUGAGCAGGCUAAGAACGCUUUGCAGUAUUGA